AUGGCACGGUACGAUGGGAUGCUGGAUGCAACGGCCAAGCUGCGGAUGUGCAAUGCCCGUGUGCUGGCAGCAGCUGGUGGGCUCCACGUGUUGGCUUGCCCUGGCUCCGAAGAUGGAGAUAGUGCGGGAGGUGGGCAAGGACGACUGAACGAAGCCACGAAGAUUCGUCUGCAAGGGUGGAGCGAUUGCGCCGAAGCAUGGCAAAAUCUCCACGACGCACACACUGGCCUUGCAGAGCCUCUCGAAGCUUUCACGAGAGGAACAGAGAAGGAUCUACUGCCACCGAGCUCGGUCAACGCCGUGACAAUGUUUUUGAACGCUGUUCGAGCCCUUGAGUCAGCUCUUCAGAAACGUCAAAUCCGAACUCAGAAGGAUAUCGGUACUGGCAUAAAAUCAACCACCACAGGCGUUCGCACCAGCACAGAUGCCUCACCAAGUAAAGGCGUCCCUCCAGUGCCGACGGUCAACGAGCAGCGCCAUCUAGACGAUAUCAGCGGCUUCUACGAAAAGCAUGCCAGCCAUGCUCGCCGCCGUUCUUUGCCUACAAAGCGUGGAGCUGAUGGCUUGAGUGUUCAAGAGCGCUACAAGGCCGCCCAACGGGAACUGAAAAACUACUAUCCAAGGCCAGCGCCAACGCCGCUGGGAUCGGAUGAUCAGCGUCUUCAGCAAGAACUCUGGCAGAAGUAUGAUAAGGCUCAUGAGGCGCUAGGAGAUUCUUGGGACGCCUUCCUGAAAAGUCGCGACCGCCGUGAAUACUGGCGUCAAGCUAAAAAGUUCUUCGAGACUCACCCUGAGGGGACUGAGGAUGACGUUGCGCAAGGGAUGCGGACCAUGAUGAUCAACUACUACGACAGACUGGUCGCGGCAGAGCAGACCUAUCGUGAUUGUAGGAAUAGAGCUCUGCCCCUGGGAGGUGAUAUCAAGGAAGAGGAGCCCGCAACUAGUUCGAUGAUAGAUGUGGACAUAGAUGUUGGGCCAUUUCCCCAGCAUCGUGAUGACGGACUCAGUGGCUCUGCCGGGUUCAACGCUAAUAAGGGUAGGAUGAAACUAAGACUGAUGGCCUCUAUCAACUUGUGGAGAUUCGAGGUCAUUGAAGGAGCUUCGGAAACGGGCGAAAGGUACACAGAUGUUGCGAAUGAAGAGAAUGUCGAUCUGGGCUUGGAUUCUAUACCACCCAAUACGAGGAUUGAGGGUGAUACGCUAGCGAGAUCAGCCGUGAAGUCCAAGGUACUCAAAAAAUGCCAUCGAGAUUGCCAGGUACUCAGGGAGACGCUUUUGGCAACUGACAUUACACAAUAG